ACAUUGACCUCGAAGAUCAAUAUGCCUCUCUUGUCAUUGCCACCUGAGCUCUUCCACCAGAUUAUUUCUACACUAUCAAACGGUGAUAUCAAAUCGCUGCGCUUGACGUGCCGCCUUCUCUGCGACGUUGCUCGCCUCCGUCUCUCUCGCGUCUUCCUUUCUGCAAACCCGCUGAAUAUCCGAGGAUUUUGUGCGGUCGCAGAACAUCCAUUAUUUCGCCAGCAGGUAACGGAGAUAGUGUGGGAUGAUGCUCUUCUGAUCGACGAUCCAACGCCAGAACCUGACCCGUAUGACAUUGACGCAGUUAUCGGCUCGGACGACGAGGAAGAGGAGAACAACAACUGCCCGAAGUGGUUUGUCGCAAGAUGUAAGAAUAAUCUCGAUGAGCUGUCAGUGCGGAUGGACCGAAAUGAAGAUGGAUGGUACAACGUGGAGCGUGCAGCUCAGCGAGACGCGCGGCCAUCUCUGUGGACCUGUUGGCAGUAUUAUCAGAACCUCCUCGCGCAACAAGCCGAAGUCUUGAUUCAUCAGAGUGACGUGGAGGCUUUGGUUUAUGGCCUUCGAAGGUUUCCUGCUCUAGAGAGAAUCACUAUCACCCCUGCCGCCCACGGUUGGUUGUAUCAGCCACUCUACGAGACGCCGAUGAUCCGGGCAUUCCCCAACGGCUUUAACUACCCAAUCCCGCGUGGGUGGCCGACAGCGGCGGAAGGAGACCCUAUACCAGAGGCUGAAGACUGGGGCACUUUAUCGGAGAAAGCCAAAGAGCAGUGGCGGGGAGUCCGGCUUGUUCUGCGUGCAUUGGCUCAGCAUCCUGAUCAUCGCGUGGUCGAGCUGAUCCUGGAUGUUAAUCAGCUGGAUACGGGGCUCAAUUGCACCAUCUUCCACCAGCCGUGCGAGGAGGUCGAGAACCUGGUGGCCCUGCUGCGACGCCCCGGAUUCCGCCGCCUGGACCUUCCCCUAAUUGUCCGUGGCCAGGAAUAUGAGGAGUGGCCCGCCUUCCGCAACGGAAACCUGCGCCGCGCCUUGGGUGAGGCAUCGAGCUUGGAACAUCUCAGUCUCUAUACGACAAUCGAGGUCGACUCAGUGACUAAUCUAAGGUGGCAGGGGCAACAAUGGAUAGAGCCCGAGCAGAGAUCAUCUCGCUUUCAUUUCACCUCUCUUCAAACUAUCUUCCCAGACGACUUGAUGACUCUCUUGGAGCAACUACCGGCCCUCCGAGAGAUUGAACUGAGCUUCUUGGGAUUUCUAGAUAACGGGGGCAAUUACAGAGAUCUUUUGGAUGAGAUUCGCGCGAGGUUUCGGUGGUCGGAAAGAGACCCAGAGUUGAGACCCAGUUUGAUAGUUGCAAUUGCACCAUGGCCCCCUCAGCCGGGCCUGGGAAUUUGGCUCGAUGAAGAGGUGUACUCCUUUCUUUACGACCAUGGCCGGAACCCCUUCUCUAUCUUUCGCGACGCUCCGAACCAAGUACCCCAGGGAACUGGGACUCUUCGGGAUUCCUUUGAGCCAGGCCAUGAGCGCCCCUACUUUGGUUCAUGCAAGUUCCUGAGUACCGCGGGAAUCGAAAAUCGUUGCAAUACUCGAGUGUUUAGAGAGCUAUAUGGUUGGAUAAUUAUGUAA